AUGUACAUUCCCACCAAGUCCACACAAAGUACGCCCAUUUCGUCCAUGGACACGGACGGAGGCUGCACCUCAGAAGACUAUCCGGUGCAGUAUCUGAUUGAUGGUGAGCUCGGUGGUUCGAAGGGGACCUCGGCAAACCAUAGUACUGUAGUAGCAGUACUAGUAUUGGACGGUCGCAUGUCGGAGAUGGUGUAUGACGGGCCAAUGGCAAAGAUGGUGUAUGACAGGCCAAUGGCGCGCAUUUAUAAGAGAGAGAUAGGUUUCUUGUUGGGAUACCGUCUUGAGUUCAACUACACAGUAGUGAAGAUGACCACCUUCCAAGAGGCUGCUGUCGGUGCUCAACUGGGGAAGUUUGGCAAGGGCUUUAGAGUAGAAACACGCUUGUACACGAGAUCAUCAUCAUCACAAUCAUCUUCCGACUGCGUCUCUGUGUCCGAGCUUUCUCCGUGCUUUUCCCUUGCGUCACUCGGCACCUCUCCAUCUGGUGAUGAGAGCGUGAUCGAACUCACUGUGUCUUAUUGCGUCCAUCUGUGUCUUACCUGCGUUUUAGGCCCCAACGGCAGAUUCCUGCCUACUAUCACCAUGGCUUCAACUACCUCCAGGACAUCUACCCCUCUAUCCACGCUUCCAUCGCUUUCAUCUUCACCCACAUCGGUGACCCUAACGCUAGCGUCAACCGUUCAAGAAGGAAACUCUGGAGCAUCCACACCUGUCUACCCACCACCACCACCCUCCACACCACUCAUCCCCAACAUCCUCCCACACGAAACUGCUGUCCAGCCCAGAGCGCAGCCUAAGCGUUACCUGAUGACGUCAGGGCAGGAGGACGAAUUCAAGAUCAACUACUUCGAAACGUGGCUGAAGAGCGGGUCUGCGGCCGAGCAGUGGUUCAAGGACCUCGAAGUGGCGAAGAAGGCUACAUGGGCGGGAUUGUGUGUGGCAUUCAAAGAACAAUGGCCAGAAUGGCCCACAGCGCAGAAGACUACGGCAGAGAAACAGGCUGAGUUGGAGGGGGAGAAGAUUACGGAAGCGGAGUUGGGAACAAAGGUGAAGGUGAACGGAACGGAGAUGUAUGCCCACGUCGCAUGGGCAAACAAAGUGGAGAAGCUGGCAAAGGCAGUGCCUGACAACAACAACCUCUUGGUCGUCAGCUGCCGACGACAAUUACCACCCACGCUGAAAGUGCUCGUUAGCAGCUCACACGAUACAUGGACGACUUUCUGCACAGCGGUCCGUGCCAUCAGACCAUUGGAUAUUGAGGAGGAGAAAGAACGACAAGACAAGCAGGCACGACUCGAGGGAGAACUACAGGGCCCCCAACGCACGGACGCCGAGAAGCUUGUCAUCAUAGGACAUAUACCACCACCGCAACCAGACACUCCAGCAGGCUGGGCAGCAUAUGAGGCUGAACUCGCAACAUGGAACUGCAUUAGCUACGGACGACCAGCAAACGAAAGCCGCCCCUGUCCGCUCACGCCAGGCACAAGCCCUGUGGCAAGUGGCAAGUGUUUCGGUUGUGGACACACUGGUCACCCAGGAGCAGCGUGCACAUCAAACAGGAGGAUACCAGAUGCAGAGAGGGCGUGGUGCCAAAAAGCCAACUCCAUCAGGACUGGCGCCUCCAGGGCCAACAAUUACAACGUCAACCUAGUCGACGAGGACGACGUGUUCCUGACAAGGGACGAAUACGAGGCGGCCAUCAUCUCAAGAUAUCUCGCGAGUCAGAACCAGGGAAACGGGGAAGGGCCAUCCGCAAUCGUCGAUUUGUACGCAGUUCGCCCUGAGUCACAUGAUACUCAAAAAAAGGAAGUGAAACCAUUCAUUCACCAAGUCAAACUACAUGGGCCGGACAACAACGUGGCACAGGUGUGGGGACUGUUCGACAACGGAUGCUGGAAAGGGACGGUGGAGUUAGGAGGCACCACAGUAACAGGGUCGUUCGAGGUUUUCGACAGCAGUGGGGAUUGGGACUUCCUCUUCGGGAAGAGAUUAAUGACAGCAUUCAGCGUUGUCCACAACUACGCCACAGACGAGGUGUUCCUGCCAAUGCACAAGUGGCUACCACCUUUAUCAUACAACUAA